AUGAAGGAAGUUGUGGUGGACAUAGCGCCCAAGAAAAUCAAAGGUCUAGAGUUCAGUGCUCUGUCUGCAAGCGACAUUGUUGGGCAAUCGAAAGUUGAGGUCACCACCAGAGAUCUUUUCGAUCUAGAAAGCGGGAGGAAACCUAAAGAUGGAGGCGCUUUAGACACGAGAAUGGGUGUUUCCUCGUCGCAUGCCGAGUGUGCUACCUGUCAUGGCAAUCUUGCCUCAUGUCACGGCCAUUUCGGACACAUUAAGCUGUCGUUACCGGUCUUUCACGUUGGUUAUUUCAAAGCUACUAUCACGGUUUUACAAUCCGUCUGCAAAGGUUGUGCAGCUCUGUUGCUAUCAGAGGAGGACAAAAGACAAUUUCUAGCAGAGCUUCGUCGUCCGGGAAUAGAUAAUUUGAGAAGAAUGGGGAUCCUCAAAAAAGUCGUGGAUCAAUGCAAAAAGCAGAGAAGAUGUUUCAAAUGUGGUGCUUUGAACGGCGUUGUGAAAAAAGCUGCCGCCGGAUCUGGUUCGGCUUCCCUCAAGAUUUUGCAUGACACUUUCAGGUGGGUUGGUAAAAAAUCUGUACCAGAAAAGGACAAGUGGUUUGGUGACUGGAAAACAGUCUUGGCUCACAGCCCGGAACUCGAACGUUACGUCAAGCGGUGUACAGAUGAUCUAAAUCCUUUGAAAACCUUAAAUUUGUUCAAGCAGAUUUUAUCUGAAGACUGUGAACUCUUGGGUAUAGACAGCUCUGUCAAGUCAGGCAGACCUGAAACUUACAUCUGGAGGUACUUACCUGCACCACCUGUGUGCAUUCGUCCAUCUGUAAUGAUGCAAGAUUCUCCUGCCUCGAACGAAGAUGAUCUAACUGUCAAAUUAACAGAAAUUGUUUGGACGUCAUCUCUGAUCAAAGCAGGUCUGGAAAAGGGCAUAUCAAUCAAUAAUAUGAUGGAGCAAUGGGAUUACUUACAGCUGGCGGUCGCCAUGUACAUUAACUCCGAUUCUGUUAAUCCAGCUAUGAUGCCAGGCGGAAACGCUGGUGGUAAGACGAAACCAAUUAGAGGUUUCUGUCAGAGACUGAAGGGUAAGCAAGGUCGUUUCAGAGGUAAUCUUUCCGGUAAACGUGUAGACUUCUCAGGUAGAACAGUGGUGUCGCCAGACCCCAACCUGUCCAUCGAUCAAGUUGCAGUUCCUGACAGGGUAGCUAAAGUCCUCACGUAUCCUGAAAUGGUAACACGUUACAACAAACAAAAGCUGCAGCAACUCGUGAUAAACGGGCCUAACGAACAUCCCGGUGCCAACUACAUCCUGAAAAAGGAUGAGGAGGCCAGACGUAACCUGCGAUUUGGUGAUCGCAUGAAACUUGCCAAAAAUCUUCAAUAUGGUGACGUGGUAGAAAGGCAUCUGGAAGAUGGGGACGUCGUUUUAUUCAACAGACAACCUUCUCUGCAUAGGCUUUCUAUUCUAUCGCAUUACGCGAAAAUCAGACCUUGGAGAACUUUCCGACUAAACGAAUGUGUGUGUACACCUUACAACGCUGAUUUCGACGGUGACGAAAUGAAUUUACACGUCCCUCAAACAGAAGAAGCUCGUGCAGAAGCCAUCAACCUAAUGGGUGUGAAAAACAAUAUCUUAACACCCAAGUCCGGUGAGCCAAUUAUCGCAGCUACGCAAGAUUUCAUCACAGGCUCGUAUCUUAUUUCUCACAAAGACUCGUUCUUUUCCAGAGCUGAGUUUGUUCAACUCCUAUCGAUGAUGUCAGACGGUAACUUGCAGUUUGACAUACCUCCACCAGCAAUUAUGAAGCCCUAUUACAUGUGGACAGGAAAGCAAGUCUUUUCUCUUCUUAUCAGACCAAAUAAGAGCUCUUCGGUUGUUAUUAACCUAGAUGCGAAGAACAAAGUUUACAUUCCCCCUAAGAGAAAAGAGUUCCCCAGUGAAAUGUCUCAAAAUGAUGGGUUCGUCGUUAUUCGCGGAUCUCAAAUUUUGAGUGGUGUUAUGGACAAGUCUGUCUUAGGUGAUGGUAAGAAGCAUUCGGUAUUUUACACAAUUUUGAGAGAUUUCGGGCCUCAAGAAGCAGCUUACGCCAUGAACAGAAUGGCAAAACUGUGUGCAAGGUUUUUGGGUAACAGAGGUUUUUCGAUCGGAAUUAGUGACGUUACGCCUGGCUUCGAACUUAAGCGACAGAAGGAAAGUAUGGUCGAAGACGCAUACGCAAAAUGUGACGACCUCAUUGAUCAGUUCGAGAAGGGUAAAUUGGAAACUCAGCCUGGUUGUAAUGAGGAGCAAACCUUAGAAGCUAAGAUUGGUGGUCUGCUUUCUAAAGUCAGAGAAGAAGUGGGUGAAGUGUGCAUUAAAGAGCUGGAUAAUCUCAACUCUUGCUUGAUCAUGGCAAACUGUGGUUCUAAAGGUUCUAAUUUGAAUGUCUCGCAGAUGGUGGCUGUCGUGGGACAGCAAAUUAUAUCUGGUAAUCGUGUUCCGGACGGUUUUCAGGAUCGUUCUCUACCUCACUUUCUGAAAAACUCCAAAACGCCGCAGUCGAAGGGGUUUGUUAGAAACUCGUUCUUCACUGGCUUGACUCCCCCGGAGUUUUUGUUUCACGCUAUUUCUGGACGUGAAGGUUUGGUGGAUACCGCUGUGAAAACGGCUGAGACUGGUUACAUGUCACGUAGAUUGAUGAAAUCUCUGGAAGAUCUCUCUUGUCAGUACGACAAUACUAUCAGAACCUCUUCCAACGGUAUCGUUCAAUUCACCUAUGGAGGUGACGGUUUAGACCCUAUCGAUAUGGAAGGUAACGCCCAACCUGUCAACUUCGCGAGGUCAUGGGAACACGCAAACAACGUUACAUUCAAUCACAUUGACAAAUGCUUACUACCUUACCAGAUAAUGCAGCAAACUAAUAAGAUUUUGGACCCAUUGGAGAAAAAACUGGUCAGGUUUGAUAAUUUGGGCAACCUUCUGAGCGACCCGUCAACACACAGUGAGGACUUUAUCGAUCAACAUGAUGCGGAGAGAAACUUCUACCAGUCUUUGAGAGCUUACCUGCUAGAGAAGGCUACUCACUUGGCGACGACAAGGAAACACAAGGGCAUGCUGGAAUGUUUGGAUGAGCCAGCAGUUGAACUGCAGGCUCUUGAUCUAGAUGAGAAAGUAUCGGAAGCAACACAGGCAUCUGUUUCGCAGCUGUGCAAGAUCUCUUCAUCGCUCGUUGCGAAAUUUCUAGAAAUUGCAAUUUCCAAGUAUCACAAAGCCAAGGUGGAACCUGGUACUGCUGUUGGGGCCGUGGGAGCACAUUCCAUCGGUGAGCCUGGUACGCAAAUGACGCUGAAAACUUUCCAUUUUGCUGGAGUAGCUUCCAUGAACGUGACACUUGGUGUUCCCCGUAUUAAAGAAAUCAUCAACGCUUCGAAAGUCAUAUCGACACCCAUCAUCAAUGCGGUUCUGGUCAACGAUAACGAUGAAAGGGCAGCGAGAGUAGUGAAAGGUAGAAUCGAGAAAACCUUGCUGUCAGACGUUGCCUUUUACAUCCAGGACGUUUACAGAGACAACAUGUCAUUCCUACAGGUGAAGGUUGACCUAAGCACCAUUGAAAAGUUGCAACUUGAACUGACAGUUGAAGACAUUGCAGUCGCCAUCACAAGAGCAUCAAAGCUCAAAAUCGCUGCCUCUGAUGUCAGUAUUGCAGGUAAGGAAAAGAUUAACAUCAAUGUCUAUGCUGAGGGAUCCAAACUCAAAUCGAUAUCAACGUCGGCUAAAGAUCCUGGAGAAAAUGAGAUAUUUUACCGCAUCCAACAUUUACGUCGUUCGCUGCCUGCUAUAGUGGUGAAGGGCUUGCCUGACAUCGCUAGGGCCGUUAUCAACGUCAAGGACAAUGGCAAGAGAGAACUGCUCGUGGAAGGUUACGGUUUACGCGACGUAAUGACCACUGACGGUGUCAUUGGCUGGAGAACAAAGACAAAUCAUGUUCUAGAGGUGGUUAGCGUUUUGGGUAUCGAGGCAGCAAGAGCCAGCAUCAUUGGGGAGAUUGACUAUACCAUGAGUAAUCACGGUAUGAGUGUUGAUCCUCGUCACGUCCAGUUGUUGGGUGAUGUCAUGACGUACAAGGGAGAGGUUUUGGGUAUUACUCGUUUUGGUCUAAGUAAAAUGAGAGACUCCGUACUGCAGCUGGCGUCUUUCGAAAAGACCACUGACCAUUUGUUUGAUGCCGCAUUCUACAUGAAAAAAGACGCUGUUGAGGGUGUAUCAGAGUGCAUUAUUCUAGGUCAAACCAUGUCCAUUGGUACCGGCGCUUUCAAAGUGGUUAAGGACACGGCGUUAUCUACAGAAGACUUGGAGCCAAAACCUGUACUUUUCGAGAGCUUAUGCGCUAGUCCCGCUGCAUUGAAAGUAAAUUAG